GUCGUGAGUGCCGACAAAGUAAACAGUCAUGGCUAUCAUAAUAGUGAUGAACGUAUUGGCGUGUGUGGUGGGGGUUACCUUCGGUCAGCAUCACCACUUGCAGAGUUUGCAACAGUCACACCUGCCCCAGGACCAGAACGUGAUAGCGGCCACCCAGCAGUUCCUGCAGCAGUUCGCUGCCCUGCAGGCCAAGGCGGCCGCCGCGCCGGACACCAGCGUCCACAAGAAGGUUUCGUUCAACUCGCCAGCCCCUGCCACCCAAGCCCCCGCCUUCAUCUCGGGCAUCCUGCCUGAGGAGCCAAUCAAUGCAGCCAUCAGGCAACUGCACCAGCAACUCAAACCUCGCAGCGACAGCAACGUGAACCUCCUCCAGCACAACGACCCUCACAGACCAGCUCAGCAACAGCAGCCUCAGCACUUCCAGCAGACCCAACAUCAUUUCCAGCAACCGCAGCACCAGCAAUCCCAACAACAAUUCAACCAUCCUCCAGAACAUCAACAAAACCAGCCUCUGAAUCACUUCCAGAUGCAGCUUUUCCACCACCCCCAGCAACAACCCCUGCAGCAACAAACUAACCAUCAGCAACAGCUGUUUAACCCGCAGAACAUAGCACCUGUUCAUAACCAGUUCGGACACGUGAUCAAUCCUAACCGGUUCCCUGGCCCCCUCGCUGACGACCUCCCUGCUGCUGUGGGAGGCCCUUUACAGCCCGUGGGCCCCACGGCCGCUGUUCACCAGGCCCAGCAGCAACUCGCCCAAGCACACAUGACCAUAUUGGCCCACCACGCUACGCUCCCCCAGACACCCCCGCCAGAAAAGAAGGAGAAGCAGUAAAGUGUGCGUUUGCAAGACGUCUGGAAAUAGCAUAAAAUUUAAAUAUAACGGAAGUAGCCUAGAUAGAAGAUACACACAAUGCUUUCCUAAGUGUAGACUGUCUCUCAUAGUUGCAUUACUCAGGGGAGAUACGUAGGAACAUUUUUUUUAGUUUUAUGGGGAGGAUUGCUAUAUUAUUGUGAUUAAUAUUCAUACGUCCAAAGCUAUUACCGGAUAAAUGCAAAGUUUUCUUGAUGAAUUCUAAUUCAAAUCUUAUAUUUGUAAAAGUGGUUAAUACAUUUUCCAAACCCAUUGGCUAUUGCAGUUCUACAGUAUAUUAUAUUAAAGUAUUACAUAUAUGCUCCAAAUCUAACACCGAUGCACUUUUUCAAACCGCUAUGCUUUCGUUGAAACGAUUUUGUUUGCGUGAUUGAAAAAAAUGACAAUUCAGAUCAGACAUUGGACAUUCUACCGAGCCGCAUUUGUUUCCGAUUUGUCCAGUCACUAGUUUCGUUUGUCUCAUCCCUGUAAAUGUGAAUCUAUAAUUCUAAAUUUGCUAUUAAUAUUUUCAUACAUGACUUUUCACUUCACACGAGUCGGUAAUUGCUCUCUAUUAUCAUCGCAAUGGAUGUUGUGUCAAACAGUACAGUUUAUCGACAAUAAAUUUACAGUUUAUUUUCAGGACCCUAACUCUUGAUCGCAAAAAACGUAGUUAAUAAA